AGUUCCAAACCGGCUGAUGAAUGGCUUCAAACUUUUCUUUCGAUACAUUUCCAAAGCAAACACUAAAAGCUUUUCCUCUGCCAAGCAAGACUCCCCAGCCACUCCCUCCCUUCCCCCUUUCUUGCCAUUUCCAAAAAAAAAAAAUCCCUUUUGAUUCGCUUAUACUCUAUCUUGCCCUUCAAAUACUACAUAUUCAAGGGUAUUCUUAAAGGGUCUCUAGCUAUCAUCAAUAUCAGGGAGAAACAUGGGACUCAAAGAUCAUCUAAAGCUCAAGGCAUUUCGGCUAAAGCGCUUUCUCCUUGGAAAUGGGCAAAAUAAAAGAACGGCUCAUAUGGCUAAGAAGGCUUCAUGGAUGAUGCCAAUAUCUCAUGGAUAUCAUGUUGUGGAGGAUCAGUCAUUUAAAGGUGGUGCAGAUGAGGCAGACUCUGACUGUGUUGUGGUUCAAAGAGAGCAAAUAGAGGAGCUAGAGUUGUGGUUCUUCGGAAUUUCAGAUGCACAAAUUGGACAUGGAGUCAUCAAGUAUCUGCAAUCCCACCUGCUUGAUAGGAACCCCAAGGAGAUAAGGAGAAAGAGUAAGGAGAUGAUGAGAAAAGCCUAUCUUGCUGCAAGAGCAAAGAUCAGGGAGACACAGAAGUCAGAUGAAACAUGGAAAGCAGGUUCAGCAUCUGUUAUAGUGUUCAACAGAGAGAAACUUUUGACGGCCAACAUGGGUGACUUUAGAGUUGUAGUGUGCAGAGACGGUGUGGCUCAUCAGAUGAAAAGCAAGCACCAGCGAACAGCCAAAAGGCUUUGGUCUCAUAGGCUCCUUUCCGGACGCAUAUUAUCAUGGAAAUCCAGCAACGCAGCAAGCACCAAGCAAUCUAAAGGCUCUGAGCUUCUUGUUGGCGCUGAAAGGAUUGACUCUGAUACUGAGUUUGUCAUCAUAGGAAGCACUGGCAUAUGGGAGGCUAUGAAUAAUCAAGAAGCAGUAAAUCUCAUCGGACACUUGGAGGAUCCCCAGGAAGCUGCCGAGUGUCUGGCAAAGGAGGCUCUAACUAGAAUGAGCAAAAGCAACAUUUCAUGCAUUGUUAUUCGCUUUGAUUAAUACAUGUUUGUUUUCUCUCCAGUCUUGAUCUGGCAGGCAUGUAUGCAGUGAACUCUUUGAAGCAAUAGGAAUAUAAAAAGUUUUCAAUUGCAGAAAAAUACUGUUUUAGCGUUGUAUGAUAACGCAAUAGCCACCUUGUCAUUUCCCAUUCUGCCAUGGCAUAGGACCUAUAGUAUGUGAUAGACUGAGCUGUAAUUUCGAUUUUCACUGAUUGAAACUCCAAAGUAUUUGUUGUUCGGCUAAAAUGUGGCACAACAUCAAA